GGAAUAACUUAUUUUAAUAAUGAAAUUCUCCGAACUUUUUAAAUGUUUUUUCAUAUUUACGUUAAUUUCCAUGGUAAUACCAUUUAAGCCUGUUGUAAUUUUGCAUGGAAUACUUUCUGGGUCUGAAUCAAUGACGUCUUUACAGCGAUUCAUUGAAUCGCAACAUCCUGGAACAAAGGUGUACAAUUGUGACUUAUUUAGUAAUUGGUACAGUCUUGAGAAUGCUUGGAAGCAAGUGUCUCAAUUCAGAGAUUACUUGGACUCAAUUCAGAAACUACAUCCUGAAGGAAUUAUAGUCUUGGGUUAUUCACAAGGUGGUCUGUUAGCUCGUGCCACCAUACAGUCAAUGCCGAAUCACAACGUUAAAAUAUUUAUAUCCUUAUCAGCUCCACAGGCAGGGCAGUACGGAACUAGUUUUUUACAUUUAAUAUUCCCAGACUUAGCAGCAAAAACCGCUUUUGAAUUGUUUUACUCCAAAGUUGGACAACAUACGUCAGUGGGAAACUAUUGGAAUGAUCCUGACAAACAGGAUUUAUAUUUUAAGUUCAGUGUUUUCUUGCCCUAUAUUAAUAAUGAAUUAAAAUCAACCAACUCAUCAGAGUUUAAAGAUGCCCUAACCCGCUUGGAUAAAAUGGUACUUAUUGGCGGUCCAAAUGAUGGUGUGAUAACUCCAUGGGAAUCAAGUCAUUUUGGAUACUAUAACGGCUCUUUUGAUGUAGUACCUUUCAAUAAACGUGAUAUUUAUACAUCUGAUACCAUCGGUCUAAAAACAUUGGCCGAUCAUGGAAAAUUAACAAUUGUGGUGAGACCGUUUGUUCAUCAUCUGACUUGGCAUACCAAUAAGCGUAUUAUAAAAGAGGUAAUUUUGCCACAUUUGAUUUGAUGAAUGAAGAUUUUAAAAACAAUGUACGCACAAUAAUUAAAAAUUUGUUCAAAAAAUUAA